CUCAUAUAUAUUCAUUUAUUUUCUGUGGUAGAAAUACUCGAAAACUAUGUUGCUCAUGUAUAAAGCAUUGAUAGUUCUCAUUAUUUUGAAGUUCGCUUACGCAGGUUGGGAUCGAAGCACUGAAGAAUUUAUUCCUUCAAAAUUCUUCAAAAAGUUUGAUGCCGAGGUAUCUCCGUACGAAGCAUUAAAAUUUAAUUUCCCCAAAGAUGAGGGCUUCGUUGCCGGCAGAUAUCCUAAAUGCGCACGACACAGAUUUGUUUCUGGACCGGAUCAGUCGUGUCAGGAAACAAAAGGAACUCAAAACACUGGAAAGACUUGUAAAACUAGACGCUGCACUCAGUAUUCAUAUUACGGAUCUACCAAAUGUAAUAAAAUUGUCAAACUAUACAAGCCGUUCAAACACUCAGCAAUGGAAUGCAAAUUUCCAAAUAUUCUUUGUGGCGAAAGUGGAAAUGAAUAUCAACGACAUUUUGACACGUUUUCUGGUUUUAACCCACACGAUACCGAUGAUAAAGAAUGUGAAUGCCAGACUAUCUGGUGCCUCGGAAACAUUUGGACAAUCUACGAAGAAGGUGGAAAACUGUACAAAGGAAAUGUAACUGUAAAGACACCUUGCAAGUGUGAAUGCAGAAUGCCGUUUCGAAAGAUGGAAAAUUGGGUUGGCGGCGGCUUAGAUGGCUAAAUGUUAUCAACUGACAUUAUUAUGUGCAGAUCAAAUAUACAGAUAAUCUUGAAAAUUGAUAUAAAACAAAAGCACUAUGAUUUCAAUAUGACUCUUCGAGGCUAUUGGCAUAGGACUUAGCUUGAAUAUUAUUUUGGUGCAAUGUUGUUCUGAUUGUUUAAACUCGGACAUUCAAAUAAAAUAAAAAAAACAUGUAAAUUUUAUUAAGUUUUAUUAAUUUCAUAAAUAUGUGUGGUAACCAUAGAGUUAGCGGUUUAGAGAAUCGAUAUAAACCGGUAAGAAACUGUAGCGUACCGUCCGUAUGUAAAUGAAUUUUCCAAGUCCAAAAUAUCUUUUAAUAUGAUCUCAAUAUUCAUUCCAGGUAAUGCUAUUUUAUUAAUUAAUAAUCUGAAAGCUUAAUACAACCAAAUAUCCCAAUCAAAUCAACAGGCACUGGAACCGUCUUGAGGUUUAUAGAUACAACUUCGAAAUUCCGUGAUUUUAACAAACAUCAAUCUCGACCUCGAGAUUAGGAAAAUGGCUAUUCCCAGUGGAAAUAGUUUAAAACUAACCCAAAAAUGUUUUGCCAAUGAAUACAAAUAUCUGCCAAUGGUCAAAUGGUUUAGUACACGCUAAAAUGUGUCUGCGAGCCGCGGUUUGGACCACCCUGAUCUAAACAAAUUCUAAUCUAAUAGCCAAAAAAUCAGAAAUAAACACACUUGGUAACAUACGUAAAAACUAGAAACAAUUUUACAGACUUUAAAGAUCCGAAACACUAAAAAUCUAACUAAAAACAACCACAGCUCCAUUGAUGCGACCCACAGCCUGGAGUGUCAUAGCGCCAUCGGUUUAACCGUGUCAUAGCGCCAUCGGUGUUUCCAACGUCAAAAUAUCUCCGUCAUAUUGUAGAUUAUAAGCGACUUAGUACUUAUAAUGAGGAUCUACAAGAAGCCUAUAACGUGUUGGGCGGUGACAGUUGCGCUAUUAACUCCCUUUUAUGCAUAACCUGCCAGGUUUCUCGAUGUUAACAACUCCACAACUUGAAUAUGAUUGAAAUCUAUUGCAGUCACGUGAAAUACGAAAUUGUGUGGUGAUAUUCCAGUAUUGUAGAAUGUAGAAGUCCAAAUAAAUUGAUAUAGCAAUGUUGAGGGUUGCUAAAGUUUACGAGCAACCCAACAGGCAGGUUAAUAACAUACUUAAUUCUAAAGAUGCAAACAAUAGCAACAUUACAAUAUGAAAACAAAUCAAACCCUAUUAUUUAACUUAAAGACAAGCGAAAAAUCCGCUCAUUACGGCAUAUGAAUUAGCAUUACUAACAGACUAACCGGCAAACUCUUAGCACAAAUAAAUUGUAAACAGCCGACUGGCAAUGAUUUGAAAUAAUAAACAAACACAAAAACGAGAGAAAAGAAAAAUCGAUAAAAGACUUUGUUCCCGCCGACAGGCCUAUUCCUACCCACGAACAGAUGGUGCAAUCGCCUUGAAGGGAGUAGUUUAUUAGCGGUCAUUCGACAAAAGUGCAAUGACCGAUUUCUCUCGAAAUAACCCCGGGUCAAAUAUAUGCAAAAUAAAACAAAGAAACUUUGUCUGUAACAUUCCCGGCCUCAAAAUAACGAAUUGAACAAAAGUUAUUUUCAAACAUUUAAACAAAAUACAGACAAGUUUCUUUCCCAUCACUAG